UUCAGUGAUAGCUGACUGUGUUCUCUCUGCAGAGAUGACGAAAUCCUUGAUAAAUGUGGUGCAGAUGCUGUCCAUUACCUGUCCUUCCAGCGCCACAUCAUUGGUCUGUUGGUGGUAGUCGGCGUGCUGUCUGUUGGCAUUGUGCUCCCGGUCAACUUCUCAGGAGACCUGCUGGAAAACAAUGCGUAUAGCUUCGGGAGGACAACCAUCGCCAACCUGGACUCCAGGAACAAUCUCCUUUGGCUUCACACCACCUUCGCCUUCCUCUACCUCCUGCUCACGGUGUACAGUAUGCGACGUCACACGUCCAAAAUGCGCUACAAGGAGGAUGAGCUGGUGAAGAGAACUCUGUUUAUUAAUGGCAUUUCCAAAUAUGCAGAGCCAGGAAAAAUUAAGAAGCAUUUUGAGGAGGCGUAUGACCACUGCACAGUGCUGGAAGCUCGGCCGUGCUAUAACGUGGCCAGGCUUAUGUUUCUGGAUACCGAGAGGAAAAAAGCUGAGCGCGGUCGCGUCUACUUCACCCACCUGAAGAGUAAAGAGAACAUCACGUCUCACAUCAACCCAAAGCCAUGUGGUCAUUUAUGCUGCUGCGUGAUAAAAGGGUGUGAGCAGGUGGAGGCCAUUGAGUAUUACACACGGCUAGAGCAACGACUGAAAGAAGAAUACAAGAAAGAAAAGGAAAAGGUCAAUGAGAAACCACUUGGAAUGGCCUUUGUCACCUUUCAGAACGAGGCCACCACAGCCAUGAUCUUGAAAGAUUUCAAUGCAUGUAAAUGUCAUGGCUGCAGCUGCCGAGGGGAGCCCAGAAAUUCAUCCUGCAGUGAAGCGCUUCACCUCCACAACUGGACUGUCAGCUAUGCUCCAGAUCCCCAGAAUAUCUACUGGGAGCACCUGUCUACACGUGGCUUCAUUUGGUGGAUCCGCUGCCUGAUUAUCAACGUCAUUCUCUUCCUCCUCCUCUUCUUCCUCACAACGCCAGCCAUUAUCAUCACCACCAUGGACAAGUUCAACGUUACCAAACCCGUGGAGUACCUGAACAAUCCAAUCAUCACCCAGUUCUUCCCCACUCUGUUACUAUGGGCGUUCUCUGCUCUGCUACCAACCAUCGUCUAUUACUCCGCGUUCUUCGAGGCACACUGGACCAGGUCGGGGGAGAAUCGCACCACCAUGCACAAGUGCUACACCUUCCUGAUCUUCAUGGUGCUGCUGCUGCCUUCUCUGGGCCUGAGCAGCCUUGACCUGUUUUUCCGAUGGCUCUUUGACAAGAAGUUUCUGGAACAGGCCACGGUCAGGUUUGAAUGUGUAUUCCUUCCAGACAAUGGCGCGUUCUUCGUCAACUAUGUUAUCGCCUCCGCCUUUAUCGGUAAUGCCAUGGAUCUGCUGCGUAUCCCCGGUCUGCUGAUGUACAUGAUUCGGCUCUGUCUGGCCCGGUCUGCAGCAGAGCGCAAAAGCGUCAAGCGGCAUCAGGCCUAUGAGUUCCAGUUUGGUGCGGCGUAUGCGUGGAUGAUGUGUAUUUUCACAGUGGUGAUGACCUACAGCAUUACUUGUCCCAUUAUUGUUCCAUUCGGCCUAAUGUACAUGCUCCUCAAACACCUGGUGGAUCGGUACAACCUCUACUACGCCUACCUACCCGCCAAACUGGACAAGAAGAUCCACUCGGGGGCGGUGAGCCAGGUGGUGGCGGCUCCAAUCCUCUGCCUCUUCUGGUUGCUUUUCUUCUCCACCGUGAGAACCGGUUUCCUGGCUCCCACCUCCAUGUUCACCUUCGUGGUCCUGGUAAUCACCAUCGUUAUCUGCCUGUCCCACGUCUGCUUCGGCCACUUCAAGUACCUGAGUGCCCACAAUUACCGGGUGAGCUCAUUCUCUGCCCCAUAUGGUCCUCCAUCUGUAAAGUGA